AUGGCCCCAGCAAUUCUAUCCAGUCUCCUUGUAGCGAGCCUCGCAGCCGUGGUCUCAGCGCGCAACUGCAAGAACCUGACGAUCCCCCUCUCGCUCUCCGCGCAGAACAUGGCCUUCACGCUUAAGCCGCCGACCAACGAUAUCGAAGUGACCAACUUCGUCUUGAACUCUGGUCGAGCAGGCAUUAACUACGCUGACGAGAUACUAAGCGAGAACAAGUACCAAACUGUGACGGGCAACUACUCCAUCGCCGCAACCUACUGCGAGCCGGACGCAGGUCCAGGCCGCGCGCUGCAGAUUCUCACUCGAGCCACACUAGAUUCUCCCCCAGCAACAAGAGCUCCAAACCCAACCCCAACUCCAAGCAAACCUAUGUAUACUAACCCCCCUCUCCCCCCAACCCCAGACGGCGCCUCCUUCGACCGAACAUACUGGGACUUCCCCGCCCACGCCUUCAACUACAGCUACGCGAACGCAGCCCUAGCGCGUAACUACAGCGUAUUCUUCUUCGACCGCCCCGGCAUCGGACAAUCCAGCCACGGCGACACCGUCGCCGAAAUCCAAUCCAACCUCGAGCUAUCCGCCUUGUACGCACUAACCACGAAGCUACGCCGCGGCAGCAUCCGCGGCGUCCGCGCUCGCUACGAGCGCAUCGUGCACGUCGGCCACAGCUACGGGUCCGCGCAGACCUACGGCCUGGUAGCCGCCCACCCUGACGACGGCACCUCGGACGCCAUCGCGCUGACCGGGUUUAGCCAGGGGCUGUCGGCGUACGUGGCGAACUUUCUGUUCGGGGGCAACUUCGUGCUGGCGGGGGCUGGCUACGGACCUGGGUAUAUUACGUGCGGCGACGUCUCGGCCGUGCAAUCUAAUUUCUUCGGCCCGGAUAACUUUGACCCUGAGAUCCUAGAAGCAGCCUAUGAGGCGAAUGCGCCCAUCGCCGUCGGUGAGCUGUUGACUAUUGGUGGCCUGACGACUAUGAAUAACAGCUUUGCGGGACCUGUAUUCGUUAUCACGGGAGAACGCGAUGAUGCAUUCUGCGGAGGCAACUGUUACGUGACCGAGCCCAGCAUCCCUGAACAGACGGGUAAAUCCUUCACUAAUACGAGUCAUUUCGAGGCUUUCGUUGUUCCCGGUGCUGGCCACGGCCUAAACUUGGAGUAUACCGCGCAGGCGACAUACGCGAAAAUCCUUGACUUUUUUGACAAGAGCGUUUAG